GAAUCACGCUUGUGCCCAGCCGGUGGUGCCAAGCGUAUCAUGGCUGCACACGUCAUUUGUCCAACAAUUUCGCCCGAAAGAAGUACAGAAGGGGAUCAAUUCGUGGAUCCGAUGCCGGUUGGCGGCGGUUGUGGACGAGAUGAGCUUCAGUAUGACUAUAUAAAACAUCGAAAAAUCUGAAAUCGUAUUGUUGUUCGAGUAUACGCAGCAAUAUGGCGACACAGCCCCACACGACCGUGGCCAUUGCGCUGCUCGGCGCCUUGCUGGCCCUGGCCGCAAGCCCAGCGCUUGCGUCCUAUCGCAUGCCGCCCGCAAAGAGCUACAUGCACCGGCCACCUCCAGCUAAGAAGAUGAGCGAGUCCAAGGUGGAGCACGUCGUGCUGCUCAGCAUCGACGGCCUGCACUCUGGUGACCUGACUUGGUGGCUCGCCAACCGGCCCAUGUCGGCCCUGGCAAAGCUGGCGAUGUCCGGCGUCGUCUAUCCCCAGGCCUUCGUGAAGGGCAUCACCGACUCCUUCCCGGGUGUGCUGGCGCUGCUGACGGGUGGCAGCAGCAAGAGCCACGGCGUGUACUAUGACGACAGCUACUCCCGCGACCUGUGGUGCCCCGGCACGCCCUGCAACGGCAGCAAGCCAACCGGCCCCCCCGGCUGCGAGCUCGUGCUUGACGAGUCCCUCGACUACAACCUGUCUGACCCCAACGGUGGCCGCACCGGCAUCAACGGCGACUCCAUCAACCCCGCCAACCUGCCGCUGGACAAGGACUGCAAGCCCGUCUACCCCCACCAGCUGCUCACGGCGAACACCAUCUUUGAGGUGGCCAAGUCGGCUGGGCUGCGCACCGCGUGGACGGAUAAGCACCCCGCCUACGACCUAGUGCAGGGUCCCUCGGGCAUGGGGGUGGACCAACUGUACACGCCCGAGAUCAACACUGACUACAUGGGGCUAGAUUACACACACGUCGCUGAGCAGAUCCCCAAGUACGACGCCCUCCAUGCCGAGGCCAUCAGCAGCUGGGCCCUGGGUUUUGACUACCAGGGCAACCCGCAGAGCGGCUGGGGUGUGCCCGCCAUCUUCGGUGGCAACUUCCAGACCGUGUCCGUCGUUGCCAAGCUGUACAGCCCCGUUGCUUACGAGGCUGACGGCAUGACCCCGGCCGCCAGCAUGCUGACCGCCCUGGAGGAGGUGGACGGCUUCGUGGGACGCAUUGCCGCCUACGUCGAUGUGGCGGGCCGCACCCCCAACACCGCCUUCAUUGUCACGGCCAAGCACGGCAACGCGCCGCGCAAGGCCUCGGACCUGCAGCUGCUGCCCGACACGCUGGUGCCCAACGCCCUCAAGGCCGCAGGCGUCAUGCCCGCCCAGGUGACGCAGGACACGGUGUCGCUCAUCUGGCUGGAGGACGCCUCCCAGAUUGCCGCCGCCGUCAAGGCGCUGGAGGCCAACGCCACGGCCCUGGGCAUUGCGGAGGUCAUCUACGGCCCGGCCCUGCUGGAGUUCGCCGGCGACCCCGCCACCAGCCCCACCGCGCCGCACAUCGUCACGCGCGUCAUCCCGGGUGUGGUGUACGUGGGCAACCCCGCCAAGCACUCCAAGGCCGGCGACCACGGCGGCCUCAACGACGAUGACAACCACGUGGCGCUGCUGGUGUCCAAGUCCGGCCAGAAGCCCAUGACCGUCACGGAUCGUGUGGAGACGCGCCAGGUGGCGCCCACCGUCCUCAAGCUGCUGGGGCUGGACCACACCAAGCUGACCGCCUGCAUGACGGAGGGCUGCGACCCCCUGCCCGGCCUGAGCUACUAAAUAACAACAACUCAAUAGAUGCUGACAUGCAUCACUGCAUGGGUUGCGCGCGCGGUGAUGCCUCACGACUAGCAUCCUUGAAGGGACCGGGUACCGGGUGAUGAUCGUGUACGUGUAUAUAUCGUAUGCUGUGUGUUGCCUUUGUGCAAUCGUGUACGUGUAUAUAUCGUAUGCGCUGUGUGUUGCCUUUGUGCAAUGUGCGGGGAGAGCACCGGAAAGCAACGCAAGCAUACAUAACUACUUCGCCGUUGCUUUGCUUCCACGGUUGCUCUGCGCAUUUUGGCUGCGCCCGUUGGUUCUAUUUGAUCCGUGCAAAUCCAUGCUCUCGUGAUCUACGCGCUGCCCUGUCGCAGUGUAUGUGCUGGGUGCAUGCUUCAAAGCCGGGACGCCCUAACCCCAUUA